ACCAACAGUCGGCCGAUCCCAAUGAGGGUUCCGUCUAUCUACAGCGGGACAUGCUGGAGCGCACGCAAAAGGUACCAUGACCGGAUCCCCUGCCUUGGGCCAGUCUCGACGCUCGAGUUUCCAGAUAAACACAUGACCCAGUCCACCUGCGCUCCCGGAAACCCAAUGUCUCCCUUCCUCCUGACACUCAUCCAGGGCGGUUCUAGACAAACGCACAUACCAGGCUACAGUCGACACGUCAGAAAAUGUCUGUGGAUCACGGUGUCAUGUACCUGAGCGAUCCGCCUUUCGGCGUGGCCCGUGAUCCGAGUCUGCCUGGCCAGGCGGCGCCGUUGACGAUUGUCACGAUAGUGGCCUUCUCGUUGGCAACGGUGUUUAUGGGCAUUCGCGUGUAUUCUCGCCAGUGUAUCGUGGGAAAACUCUCGUUCGAUGACUAUGUCAUGGGCCUGGCGUAUGCCUGUGAUGCAGUCAUGGUGGGCUUCACACUGAACAUGCUCCGAUAUGGCAUGGGCAAGCACAUCUGGAACGUCCCUCUCACGGAUCUCUUCCCGCACUUCAACCUCAGCAACAUGGUCGCCGCCAUCUUCUUCUGCGCCGCCACCGGUUUCGCCAAGGGCUCCAUCCUCCUCUUCUACCUACGCAUCUUCCCCGCCAAGGCCGCGCACGUCGCCGUCUGGACCGCCUUUGCUUUCACCAUUGCGUACUCGUUUACCUCGGUGCUGGUCAACAUUUUUGCCUGCGAUCCCAUCAAGGCCUCGUGGGACUUUGAGGCGGCCAAGACGGCCAAGUGUAUCAACCGCCCCGUCUUCUACUUUGCGCAGGCUGGACUCGGUAUUGCGACGGAUGUGAUCACAGUGUUGAUCCCCCUUCCUUGGUUGAAGUCGCUCAAGCUGCCUACCCGCCAGAAGUUCUACGUGGCCAUCAUGCUCACUAUGGGAGCAUUUGUCUGCGUUAUCAGCGGUAUCCGUCUCCAAUCUCUCAAAGUCCUCCUCAACGACCCCGAUCUGACCCGCAACACCGUCCUCGCCCUCAUGUGGUGCGUCCUCGAGCUGAACCUCAGCGUUAUUGGCGGCUGCAUCCCCACGAUCAAGCCCCUACUCAAAGAGUUCUUCCCCCGACUCCUCGGAACCAGCCGAAGCCGCAGCACCACCGGCGGCGACAUUUACCUACACUCGUCUCGCAAGACGGGCCGCACCACGGACAAUGGUCACUCGGCUGUGCGCCCAUUUCACGCUGGCUUGCACUCGGCCACCGGCGACACAGGCAGCGAGGAGUUUAUCAUUUCGAAAGCCUAUGGGUCAAGCAUGAACGGCGGCGUGGUGGAAGGCAAAAUCACGAGGCAAUACGAUAUUGAGGUGGAGGUUAUAAAAGACAACAAUAGACAUUGAUGGGGUGUCCCCUUGAUCUAUGAU